AUGUUCAGCCGCCCAUUUGAGUUUACCGCAUCUGCUGAAGACGACCUAAUCCCACUCGUUGACUCUUCUUUCACUUUCAAGACGUAUGCGAAAGAGAAGAACCCAUUCGACGUUCUGACGGGUGCAAUUACGCAUGGUGAUGAGGCACUUUCCGACGAAGCCAUCUCUCCAUCUAGCAUGUGGUCGGCAUCAAGUCGCCCAAGCAGCAGCCCGGCCACAGCACCAGAGACGAAGCUGCUAAGCGCCAACGUUACAGCUCGUCGCCCGCUCGCUAAAGCACAUACGUUUCUAGAAUACAAAGAGGAAUCGCGCUCGAAAGUCCAGGGUCAAGUAGAAGCGAAAAAGACCAUACUCGACCUUGUGCCCAUCGGAGAAGCGCAGACCUUCAGACUAGACGGCUCUUUCAUUUACGCCACCAAGACGCAGAACAUCCCGCGAUACCAGUUGCAUCGAGACUUCGACCGCGACGGAUCGGUAUCCAAGUUGCAUAUCCGCGCAGUACAUGCACGCGAAACGCGGUCAUGUUCAGUACCAACCACACAUACGGCACGCGACCAAUCGAUCCGCUACAGCAGCGAGGAAACGCUAUAUAGCAUAGAUGAAUUCGAGAUGCGCGGCAAGAAAACUGGAACACUCCCCGGAAGCAUUCAGAUGACGUCUGGGGAGUCAUUGUGGGGCGGCCAAUGGACGCGUAUCUGGCAUGUUACCAAAUGUAAAGCUCGGCAUCAUGUGUGCGAUUACAGAGGUGUAUGUGAGCCCGAGAAACAUCUUUUGUAUUGCGUCAAGAAGGGUGUGUGGGAGGAUGCUGAGGGGGUGGUUGUUGCGAGGGAAGAGACUGGGAGGGAGGGGCUGGGUGCUGCGAACGCGUCUCGGUCGUUGAUGCAGGUGGGGAUGGGACUCGAGAAGGGUAGAAAGGAACUUGUGCUGGAGAUGACGGAUGGAAUAGAGAAGGAUGCAAAGAGGCGCGAUUUGGUAAUGGCGUGCUGGGUGAUGAAGUUGUCGACGGCGGAGGAACUCCGGUGGGAGGGAAAUUGA